AUGGCACCAUUCUUUUUCUUAUGUAACUAUCAUGGAAAUAUACAAGAAAUGGGAGUUGAGAAAGGAGAAGUAGCUCUCAGUGUUUCAGUUAAGGGAAAUCCAGAAUUCUAUGUUCCUGGUCAAUUUUAUGAAAUAACUGUGACUUCCAGUAUGAAUUUUAAUGGAUUUUUCCUCACCGGUCUAUAUUCAAUAGCUGAUAAAGCUAUGGGAGGGAUGUAUCCUAAUCAACAAUAUGUACAAGGUAAUCAACCAGUUGGACAGAAUCUCAUGUGCUCUAUAGUACAUUCUCACAUAAAUUAUCUACCAACACAUCAACUUUCAUUUAUAUGGAUAGCACCUAAUGCUGGAAUGGGAUGCGUAACUUUCUUAGCAACAGCCAAUCUACAACAACAGUUAUUAUUUAAAGAUACUGUAGUAUUACAACUCUGUGAAGAGGGAGAUGCUCAAGAUAAAAGUUUAAGACCACAAUUAGCUGAACUCAAUUCUGAUCUGGUUAUUUUACGAGAUGAUUUUGAUUCUUCUGUCAACUUCAAACCUGAUCUUUGGAGAACUGUAGAAGGUGGUGAUAUCAGUGAUAAAUGUGGAGUAGUAUUACAUGGUAAAUCUGCUGUAUUUUGUGAUACUGUAGGAAAACGUGUAAUGACUACAAUGCCAUUGAAUACGACAUCUGCCAAAAUCUUACAGUUUUCUGUAUCGGCUGGUUCUUGUGGUAAUAAUAUAAGUAGGGAUAAUGAUAUAGUUAUAUCAUACAGUGAUAGUGGUUGUACACAGUUUAUUCCUAUACAAACUAUUAGACCACCAUUAACCUCAGACACCGAAGUUCACAUGAUCCAUUUGCCAUUAGAAUCAAGAGGAGAAGGUGUUUGUUUGCAGUGGUUACAAUUAUCGCUGUCUACCACUACUACCACUACAACUACUAUUGCUACCACAACUACCAAACAACCACAUACCACAUCUACCACACAGAGUACUAUAGUACAAACUUCAAGAAAACCACCAUCACAGAGACCUCCAUUUUAUAUACCAAUUCGUUUUCCAGCAGAUCAACCUUACGCACCUUAUUCUGGUAGAAAGACAAAGACAUCAGGACGUAAAUUAUUACAAGAUGAUAGUUAUAAUCAAGACUAUGAUAGUUGUUGGGCUAUAGAUAAUAUAGUUAUAGUCAAUACAGCUAACCCUCCCACUGUUUUGGAAGAUGAUUUUGAUCCUGUUGAUCCUGGAAAUUGGUUAUUUUUUCCUGGAGCAAAUAUUCAGCCAAAGUGUCAUUCAGAUAAUAAUGCUAUUUAUUUUAAUGAUGGAAAUCAAACAUACAACUAUGUAGUUAGUCGUGAUAUAGACCUAUCACCUACUGAUAUACUGUAUGACAGUAUAUUAACAGAACACUUUGAAUCCAAAACUCAAUCUGGGUGGUAUAUUGUUGGUGGUCAUGUUGAUGUAACAUGUGGUGAGAUAAGAUAUGGUAACUCUAUGGUAUUUGAUUAUGAUGGUAAAAGAUUGAUGUGUACACCUUAUAUAGACACAACUGUUGCUGAUAAUCUUCAGUUUUACAUUGGAGUUGUAUAUUUGAUAGGUAGUGGAAAUUGUGGAGGUAAUGGAGAUAUUCCAGAAAAGGCCAAAAUUGUGAUUUAUAUAAAAGAUAGAAAUGGACAAACUCAGAUAGUGGAUACAUUGGAACCACCAAGAUUUCAUGAACCUAGUCUGGUGUCAGUGAAAAUUCCGAAUAGUGGUAGUUCUAAAAUUUGCUGGAUACAGAAAUACCAUAGAGGAGCUGGUUUUGAUAGCUGGGCUAUUGAUAAUGUCAUUAUAUUACCUGAAUUACCAGUCCAAUCUUCACCAAACAGCAACAAAAUAUUACAAUUUAAACUCAAUUUACAGUGUGGUAUCAAUGUUCAACACAAUAGUUUACAGUUAGAAUAUUCUACUAAUCAUGGUUUAGAUUGGUUACCACUAUAUACACCUUGUUUACCAUCAACUUGUCAUGGUACUUAUCUCCCUUACCAGUCCUUAUUUACCUCCUCUCAGUUAUCAGGGUGGAAUAGAUUAACUCUUCCUGUACCUUAUCAAGCUCAAGUACCUCAUGUAAGAUUUAGAUGGCAACAGCUACAAGAUUCUGGAGAACCAAACUGGGCUAUUGAUGAUGUUUAUAUUGGUGAUUGUGAGGCUGGAUGUAAUGGACAUGGUUCUUGUCAUCAAGAUGGUUGUGACUGUGAUUUUGGUUAUCAUGGAAUCUUUUGUGAAGAUAGUAUUGUACCCAACCCAACAUCACUGUUGGAGAACUUUGAAAACAAUCUAAUAGUCCAGUCCUCACAACUACUCUCUAUAGAAGGAGGAGAAAUAGGUUAUAAUUGUGGAGUUAUAUCAUCUGGUAAAGCUCUAGUGUUUGAUAAUAGUGGUCCAAGACAAGUUGAAACCACCUAUUUGAAUACCACAGAGGCAGUUUAUUUACAGUUUAGUAUAAGAGUUGGUAGUAUAUCAAUGACAUCUAAAUGCCCACCUCCAUCCCUGAGUGAAUCUGUUAUAUUGGAAGUCUCCUGCACUGGAGGUGUAUAUUGGCAUUAUCUGCGAGAAUUUUCUUCUGAAUAUUUCAAACAACCAAUGAUGGACUCUGUUCAGUUACCAGAUUUUAGUAAAGGAGAGUCAUGUAAGUUUAGAUGGAGACAGUUACACCAUUCAGGACAAGGACAAGAUGUUUGGGCUAUAGAUGAUGUUAGUUUAUCUCAGGAGAUGACCAAUACGUUAUUAAUAGAUGUCAGUGAUAUGAAAGAUAUGAGAGAUGACCUAACAGCUCAUCUUGGUAAACUUGUUGAUAGUUAUUGUGGUGCUCCAAAAAGCAUAACUUUUUCUGGGAAAGAGAAAGUUAAUGAGUCGAGAUAUUUGAUGACAGAAUCUCUAAAUGUUGGCCCAUCACAAAUGAUACAGUUUGAUAUCACAAUGGGAUGUGGUGUACCAUACAGUAAAAAUCGUGAUAAUCAACUGUAUCUGGAGUAUAGUUCUGAUCACGGUAUUUACUGGAAUUUAGUGUAUGAUUCUUGUCUGCCACCAGCUAUAUGUGAGACAUAUAAACCUGGAACUGUUUACCAUUACUCACAAUAUUCUCAUUGGACUAAAGUUAAUAUCAUACUUCCACCUGAUACUUGGUCACCACAUACCAGAUUUCGAUGGAUACAACCAGAAUGGGGACCUAAUGAUGCUUGGGCUAUCAGAAGAUUCUAUGUUGGACAACAGUGUCCUGAUAUGUGUAAUGGUCAUGGUGCUUGUGAACAAGGUUUCUGCAAAUGUGAUAAGGGAUAUAUAGAUAAGAACUGUCAAUCAGCUAGUCCUAGAGAGAGUAUUAUACAUGCUGAUUUUGGAAUGAGAUAUGAACCAGAGAAAGAUUUUAUACAAAUAAUAGGUGGUGAUAUAGCUAAAGUUGGAGAAGGUUGUGGUGUAAUUGUAUCAGGAGAAUCUAUGUAUUUUUAUAAGGAUGGAGUUCGUGAAUUACAAACUAAAGAUUUAAAUACCACUGUAGAUGAUUUUAUACAGUUCUAUAUUAGAUUGGGUGGUAAUGAUAAACUAUGUAAUGGUGGUGAUAAAAGAACAGAAUCUGUAUUACUACAGUAUAGUAAUAAUGGUGGUAAUACCUGGACUAUUUUAGAGGAAAUACAUUUCACAGAAUUUAAGCAACCAAGAUUUGUAUUUGUGGAAUUACCAGAACAGUCUAAGACUACCAGCACCAGAUUUAGAUGGUGGCAGCCAGAACAUUCCGGUGAACAGAAUGAUCAGUGGGCAAUAGAUGAAAUAUAUAUUGGACCACAUGAACGAUUACCACAACUACAUGAUGACUUUGAUGCCUCUCCAGAUCCGUUUGAUUCUGGUCAAUGGUUAAUGGUAACAGAAGGUAUAAACAGUAAAUAUUGUCAAUCUAGUAUGCCAGUUAUGGUACUUGGAAAUCAAUUUAAUGAUAAAUAUGCUAUAACUAAAGAUUUACAGUUAAAGAUGGGUGAUAUCAUACAGUUUAAGAUCAAUGUUGGAUGUGGUCACAGAUUUCGAUGGAACUAUCCUGUAAUGUUCCAAUACAGUCAGGAUAAUGGCAUGAGUUGGAAUCUGGUACAAGAACCUUGUUAUCAACAAGAAGAUUGUGAUGGUGAUUACACAGAAGGUAGUCUGUAUUAUCCAGGUACACAUGGUGAAUGGACUUUAGUGGUAAUACCUGUUAGUAGUAAGAUAGCCCAACAUCCAGUAUUAUUUCGCUGGUGGCAGCCUGGUGAUAUGACCCAUAGUUUUGCUCUAGAUGAUGUAUAUAUUGGACCUAGUUGUGAUAAACAUUGUCAUAGAAGAGGUGUGUGUGUCAAUCAACAAUGUCAGUGUGAUCAGCAAUCAGCAGAUAUAAAUUGUCAAUCUGAUGAAGCUAAUCCUAAAGGAAUGUUGGAUAGAUUUGAUAAUAGAAAUCAACCUACAGCCUAUUGGAAUCAGAUAACUGGUGGUUACCUUGGUAGAGGAUGUGGGGUGGUAGAUUUUGCUAAUUCUCUAUAUUUUAAUGGACCUGGUACCAGAGAAGCUAGAUCUGAUCCUUUAGACACUAGUAGUUUAAGAAUGAUACAGUUUGUGAUCAAAAUAGGUGGAGAGAGAAAUCAAAAGGGCUGCCGACAACCUCAAAACAGAAAUGAAGGGAUUAUAGUGGAUUAUUCAGUCGACAAUGGAAUUAGUUGGAAUAUAUUGAAAGUUAUAGAACCUAAAGUAUUUAAUUCUACAACACAAGUUGUUCAAGUUGAACUUCCUAAAGAUUCUAAAACUAACCAGACAAUAUUUAGAUGGUGGCAACCUUUAGGACAUGGAGGUAUGCCAAGAGCAGAAUGGGCUAUAGAUAGUGUAUUAAUUGGUGUUAAUGAUAGUAAUACUAUAGGAUUUCAAGAUGAAUUUAACAUGAUGAUGCCAGACCCUCAUACCUGGUUCCUAGCUGAUAGUGCUGUACCUAGAAUUACAUGUAAUUCCAAAGGAAAUGCUCUGGAAUUUAGCACCAAUUCAGGAUUAAGAUAUGCAGAGACUUGGGAUUACCAUGUAACGCCAUCAACAUUCUUACAGUUUGAAAUAGCUAUGGGUUGUGGAUCACUAUAUGGUACAUUAUACAGUGUUAUGUUAGAAUAUUCAGUGAAUAUGGGUAAAACUUGGCAUCCAGUAGUUAGUGAAUGUAUGCCACCUAAUUUUGAAUGUAGUGGUUAUCAUUUAUCUAGUGAAUAUUCUAGUGAUCAACACACCAACUGGACUAGAGUGACUGUUUAUUUACCACCUGGUGCAGUAUCACCUGCUACCAGGUUCCGUUGGUUACAACAUACAUCACAUCCUAGAGGUACAGUGUGGGCUCUAGACAAUGUCUAUCUAGGUGAGGGGUGUCCAUGGAUGUGUUCUGGUCAUGGGUAUUGUAAUAAAGGAAAGUGUAUUUGUGAUAAAGGUUACGAUGGUGAUUAUUGUGUACCAACUGUACCACUACCAAUGAUGUUAAGAGAUGACUUCAGGUCCAGUGAGAUUAAUCGUAACAACUGGAGAGAAAUAUAUGGUGGAGAAUCAACUGAUAUUUGUGGUCAUCUUGUGGAUGGAAAUUCUCUCACUUUUCAUAAGAAUUCAUUAAGAAUGGGAGUAACUAAAGAUAUUGAUACCUCUAUGUUAAAUACCAUAGAGUUUUAUUUUCGAUAUGGUUGUAAAGGCAAAGAAUCAGACUGGCCUCGAACACACAGUGUUUUACUACAAUACUCUAGUAAUGGUGGAAUUACAUGGAAAUUAUUACAGGAACUACAUUAUAGAAAUGAAACAGGCAAACGAUUUUUCAGUAUUAAUUUACCAAUGUCAGCAAGAAUGAACUCAACAAGAUUUAGAUUUUGGCAACCAAUGAAUGAUGGUGAAAUGCAGAGAACAUGGUCAAUAGAUAAUUUGUUUAUUGGUACUAUGACUAAUAAUCCUAGUUUACUACAAGAUGAUUUUACUCGUGAUAAUGGUGAUAAUGAUAAUUGGUUAUUUAUCAAUGGUGGUGAAAUAGGGGGAUAUUGUCAAUUUAACAGUCUACCAUCCACCAAUGAAUCUGGUAUAUCUUCUUUAGUAUUCAGAAAUAAUGGUAAAUCAGAGAAAUCUGUUGUUACUAGGGAUUUAAAUAUUGGUCCAAUGUCAGUUUUACAAUUUGAUAUCAAUGUUGGAUGUGGAAGCCAGUCAACAGAGAAAUAUCCUAUAUUAUUACAAUAUACCAGUGAUGGAGGGAAAUCAUGGCAUUUAUUAGUAGAAAACUGUGCUGAAAUAUCAGAAUCACAAUGUUUUGAUAGUAAGAUCCCUGCUACUAUUUACUAUGGUGGAACAACAUCUAACUGGAAAAGAGUUAUUGUUCCUGUUGAUAAUAUUCAUCUUUGUGGGUCUGUAAGAUUUCGGUGGUAUCAAGGAAAUAUACCUGAGUAUGACUAUGGACCAGAAUGGGCUAUAGAUAAUGUAUUUAUUGGAAUGUCAUGUUUAAGUCAUUGUAAUGGACAUGGUCGUUGUAAUGAGUAUAUGAUGUGUGAUUGUGAUGAAGGCUAUGAAGGAAUGUUUUGUGAACCGGUACAAGCUAAUCCUACCUAUUUAAAGGAAGACUUUGGAUUACCUGUACUAUUGCCUUACCCAUUUCGUGGUGAUUUACCUCUUGGUCCUUUAAAUGAUGCUCCCAGUGAGUUAGAUGGUAAGAAGUGGGCUGUAUGGAGUAAUGUUGAUGUGUCUACCAAGUGUGGUCUAGUAUUUACUGGUCCCAGUCUAUAUAUGAAUAAUAAUGGAGAGAGGAUUUUACAAACUAAAGAAUUGAAUCUUGUUACUGUAAGUUCAGUAGAGUUCUAUCUACAACAAGGUUGUCAUCAUCCCACCAACCCUGCUUCACCUAUAUAUUUACAAUACACAACUGAUGGUGGUAUACAUUGGACCACUAUAGAACAAUUUGAUUUUCACAUACAUGGUCAUAUAUCUAAAUAUAUAGCUAUACAUCUACCCCCUGGAGCCCGAACACAGUCCACACAGAUUAGAUGGUGGCAACCCAGUAUUGAUGGUACAUUUGCUGAAACUUGGUCUAUAGAUCAAAUAUAUAUUGGAGGUGAUAUAUAUAGAGACCAGGUAUUACAAGAUCAACCCAUGGUACCAGAAGAUUCCUCCUGGCUAAUGUUUCCUGGUGGUAUAGUAGAAUCAGUCUGUGAUUCACCAUUCCUGGCACUACACUUUAAAGAGAAAGAGAAGAUGAGGUAUGCAAUAUCUGCUGAUGUUAGUAUCAAAGAGGGAACAUAUUUACAGUUUUAUUUAGCUAUGGGUUGCCAACAGCACAAUCAGUGUUUCAGUAUAAGAGUGGAGUUUUCGUUUGAUAUGGGUAAAUCUUGGAGUUUACUGCAACCUGCCUGUGUACCCUCCGAUAUAGAUUGUAAUAGUUAUUUUACUAGUACUGUCUAUAGUUCAGAUAUCUAUUAUAACUGGACAAGAAUAACUAUACCUAUACCAUAUUAUGUAAGAUCUAAAUCUACAAGAUUCCGCUGGCUACAACCAGAUGACUUCAAUCCUAGUAAUACAUGGGCGUUAUCUCAUCUGUAUAUAGGUAAUGGUUGUACACAGAUGUGUCACGGACAUGGACGCUGUUCCAAUGAUUCUUGUAUAUGUGAUGAAGGUUGGAGUGGUAUAUCAUGUAAUAUAUCAACAUCACCAUUACCAGAUAUAUUAAUUGAUGAUUUUAAUGUUGAGUCUACCAAGAAUUGGAUAAAUAUAGUUGGUGGUGAAAUUGUUACACCAUGUUAUAAUUUAGCUUCAGGAAAAGUUUUACAUUUUAUUGGGGAUUGUAAUCGUGUUCUAAUUACCAGAGAUCUAGAUCUACACAACUCAAUGUUUAUCCAGUUUUAUUUUAUGUUUGGUUGUAAUAUGCCACCAUUAUCUAGAAAUGAAAGUGUUUUAUUAGACUAUUCUAUCAAUGGUGGAAUUACCUGGUCACCAAUAAUAGAAUUAUAUUAUAAUUUAUAUACUUCACCAAGUUUUAUAAGUUUGAGAAUUCCCCAAGCAGCUAAGGCAACCAGUACUAGAUUGAGAUGGUGGCAACCACAACAUCAAGGUCCACAACUUAGUGAUUGGUUAAUAGACAGUAUUAGGAUCAAUGGAGAAGAGAUCAACCCAAAACAAUUCAAAAUGAACAAUAGUGAUCCAUUAAACCCAAAAGAUUUUACAACAUUUGACCAUAUGAGUGCAGGGGAAUAUUGUAAAGAACUGAAUGCCAUUAAAGGCACUACAGUGAACAACGAACCUUCUUCCUUAGUAACAAGGGAAAUAACUCUAAAUAAAGGUUAUAUGUUGCAGUUUAUGAUCAAUGUUGGUUGUGAUAUACCUAGUAAUGUUUCAGUUAGUCCAGUACAUUUACAAUAUUCUACUGACCAUGGUUUGACGUGGAAAUAUUUAAUGCCACAAUGUCUACCUAAUGAUCCCCAUUGUACUACCGGUGUUAGUAUGCCUACGAUAUAUUAUAGUUCUCCUGAUUAUGAAUGGCAGCGAGUCAUAUUACCGCUACAUGGAUUACCUGUGUCUAAUGGUACAAGAUUCCAAUGGAUUCAACCAUAUGAGGGCCAAUCAGUACCGUCAACAUGGGCCAUUAAAGAUAUAUAUAUUGGACCAGCCUGUCCUAACUAUUGUAAUGGACAUGGUUACUGUGAUUAUCCUACAUGUAUAUGUUAUAGUGGUUAUGGUAGAGAUGCUUGUCAAUCUAUUUUAUAUCAAAAUAAUCCUACAUACUUAAAAGAUACAUUUGAUAAAGUAGCUGUAAAUCGUAGUAAAUGGUCAUCAGUACAGUCGGGUAGUGUUGGUAUAGGAUGUGAUACAUUAGUAGAGAAAACAGCAUUAGUAUUUAAUGGUACUGGUUUAAGACAAGCAGUUACUGUAGAUCUAGAUUUACGCAAUGCCAGAUUUAUUCAAUAUACAGCUAUGAUUGGAGGUGAAGGACAGGAAUCAGGAUGUUUUAUACCUAAUUCUAGAGAUCAAAGUAUUAUCUUACAGUUCUCCACUGAUGGAGGUAUAUCAUGGAAGACACUAUAUACAUUAGAUUAUUUAAGUUAUGUACAAGCUAGACACGACUAUAUAGAUUUACCUGAACAAGCUAAAACAGCUAGUACUCGUAUAAGAUGGUGGCAACCUUUACCAACUGUACCUAAUAGAGAUAGACCAAACUGGGCCCUGGAUAACGUUUUUAUAGGUGGAAGUGAGAUAAAUCCAAGUGUAUUCCAGCAAUCCUUCAAUGAUUCCAAACCACAGAAUGAUGCUGGAACUAACUGGGAAUUCAGUCCAUAUGCUAGUAUGAAGAAUGAUAUGUGUGCUCGGAAUGACAAUGUUGUAUCAUGGGAAGAAGGGAAGGGUAAUCGUCUGUUUACCACCAAUCAACUAAUAGUACAGUCUGGUUAUAUGUUACAGUUUAAAAUUGUCGUAGGAUGUAAUAAAGUAUAUAAUGUGUGUGAUGACAAUAAACCAGUAAGACUUGAGUUCAACAAGAACCCUAUGUCUACAGCUUGGAAUUUAGUAAGAACAUUAUGUGGACCAGACUCUAGUAAUAAAAUGGAGUGUAGAUCACAACAUCAACAUGAUGCCAGUAUAUACUCUGUUUCUAGUCAUCCUAGUUGGACCAGAAUAACCAUGAAAUUACCAGAAAAAGUCUUUUCUUCAUCCACAAGAUUACGUUGGAGACAAGAAGGUAUCCAGUCCCCAGCACCAGGAUGGUCAUUAGAUGAUAUCUAUGUUGGUGAAGCUUGUCCAGAUAUGUGUAAUGGUAGAGGUGAUUGUAAAUAUGGACAUUGUGUCUGUGAUAAAAAUUAUAUAGGUAAAACAUGUGUACCUAUUAAAUCUAGACUACCAUCUAGAAUGUUUGAAUCAUUUGAAGGUGGUAUAUUCCCCUCCCACUGGUAUAAAAUAACAGGUGGUGGUAUAGGUUUUGGUUGUGGAGCUCUAUUACCCUAUGCUCAUGGUAAAACACUAUAUUUCAAUGAUUGUGGUAUUAGACAAGCUAUUACGGCAGAAUUUAAUUUACAAUCUGCAUCUAAGAUAAUUUUUGUGCUGCAAAUUGGCUGUAAUGCUCAAACACAUAAUUGUAAUGUACAGUUAGGAGAGGGGUCUGAUUUUAGAGGAGUCCUGUUACAAUACAGUCUCAAUAAGGGAGCUGAUUGGAAGUUGUUAGCCAGACAUGAUCCUGAGAAAUUCCUGAAACCAAAACGAAUGGCGUAUGACAUACCUAGUGAUGGUAAAAAGGUAGGAGUACAGUUUAGAUGGUGGCAACCAGUACAUGAUGGGAAAGGUUUUGAUCAAUGGGCAAUAGACCACAUUGAAAUUGUAAGAUCACGAAAUCAUUACAACAAAAAACAUAGAAGAGGAUAAACGUGAAAAUAGAACAGACUUAACAGACAAUGACUUAUAGCCUGCAAAUAUUAUAACUUAUAUAAGAGAAUAUUGUUGCAUUAUAAUAAAGACACCAACAUGUGUU